AUGCUUGAUGAUGCACCAUGGAGCUGUGAUCCUCCCAGAUUCCUAGAGCGGCCGAGGGAGCUUCCGGAAGCUAGCCUGUGCUCACUGGGCCUUCGAUUCAACUGCGUGAACGUCCGAAAUGUUGGGGUGCUAGUGGAAUCACGAAGUGUUCAGUUGUGCCCCGUGGAGAUCCAGUUCAGUUGUGACUCUCAGGAGCAUCAGCUUCUAUCAGAUGGUGAGACUAAGAUCAAGAUUGGAGAGCCAGCUUCAGAGGAGGAGAUGACAGAAAACGUUGAAACACUGACUGAAGAAUCUGGCAGCCUCCAGGAGGAUGCUCUCCAGAAUUCCAUAGGCAAAGAAUUCUGGGAAUUGGGGGAUGAAUUGAAUGACCAGAACCUCUUAAAACAAAGACAAUAUAACUGUAAUGAAUGUGGCCAAAGCUUUGCUUGGAAUACAGGUCUUGUUAGGCACCAGAGAAUUCACUGGGAGAAAGCUUAUGAAUGUGAUGAGUGUGGGAAGGCCUUUCGUAUAAGCUCAGCCCUGGUUCUGCAUCAGAGGAUUCAUACUGGAGAGAAACCCUACCCUUGUAAUUGGUGUAUUAAAAGUUUCAGUCGGAGCUCAGACCUUAUUAAACAUCAAAGAAUCCACACUGGUGAAAAACCUUACAAAUGUGAUGAAUGUGGGAAAGCCUUCAGUCAGAGCUCAGAUCUUAUUAUACAUCAGAGAAUCCAUACAGGAGAAAAACCCUAUCAGUGCAGUCAUUGUAGUAAAAGUUUUAGCCAGCGCUCAGACAUGGUUAAACAUCAGAGAAUCCACACUGGAGAGAAGCCUUAUAUGUGUAACCAGUGUAACAAACAUUUCAGUCAGAGUUCUGAUCUUAUAAAACAUCAAAGAAUCCACACUGGGGAAAAACCAUAUAAGUGUGACGUUUGUGGGAAAGCCUUCAGUCAGAGCUCCGAUCUUAUUCUACACCAGAGAAUCCAUACUGGGGAGAAGCCAUAUUCAUGUCGUCAGUGUAACAAAAGUUUUAGUCAGAAUUCAGACCUUACUAAACACAGAAGGAUUCACACUGGAGAGAAACCGUAUAAAUGCAAUGAAUGUGGAAAGGCUUUUAAUCAGAGCUCAGUUCUUAUUCUGCAUCAAAGAACUCAUACUGGAGAGAAACCCUAUCUAUGUAAUCAGUGUAUCAAAACCUUCAGUAGGCUUUCAGAUCUUAUUAAUCAUCAACGAAUUCACACUGGAGAGAAGCCUUACCCAUGUAGUCAGUGUAGUAAAAUGUUUAGUAGAAGGUCAGAUCUUAUUAAACAUUAUAGAACCCAUACUGGUGAGAAGCCCUAUGAAUGUGAUGAAUGUGGUAAAACUUUUAGUCAGAGUUCCAACCUUAUUCUCCACCAGAGAAUCCACACUGGAGAAAAACCAUAUCCUUGUAGUGGUUGUUCUAAAAGUUUUAGUCGUCGUUCAGAUCUCAUAAAGCAUCAAAGAAUUCAUACUGGAGAAAAACCAUACACGUGUAAUGUGUGCAAUAAAAGUUUUAGUCAAAGUUCAGAUCUCACUAAACAUCAGAGAAUACAUUCUGGUGACAAGCCCUACCACUGUGACAGCUGUGACAAAGCCUUCAGUCAGAGUUCUGACCUUAUCCUUCACCAUAGAAUCCACACGGGAGAAAAACCAUAUGCAUGUACACAGUGCACCAGACGUUUCAGUCAGAAUUCAGACCUUACUAAACACCAGAGAAUCCACACUGGAGAGAAACCAUAUAAAUGUAAUGUGUGUGGGAAGACUUUCAGUCAGUGCUCAGCUCUAACCCUUCAUCAGAGAAUCCAUACUGGAGAGAAACCACACCCAUGUGUUCAAUGUGGCAAGAGCUUUAGUAGGCGCUCUGAUCUCAUUAACCAUCAAAGAAUCCACACUGGUGAAAAACUACAAAUAUGAUACUUGUGAGAAACGCUUCCAGCACUGUGACCAUUGAUACUGAACAGUAGAGGAUGCAGAUAGAAGAGAAGCCCUACCCUUAUGGUCAGGGUAGCAUAUUUUUAACAAACCUGAUCUUGGUACUUUAAGAAAACCCAUUCUAGCCAGAUGGUGAUAGUGCAUGCCUUUAAUCUCAGCACUUGAGAGGCAAAGUCAGG